AGAGAGAGAGAGAGAGAGAGAGAGAGAGAGAGAGAGAGAGAGAGAGAGAGGUUGGUGAAGAUCAGUUGAGUCUUAGCACGGAGCUCUUCAGUCAAUGACAGCGCUCACAUUCUCCUCUUGAAGAUGCUUGUGCUGGUCAGUGUGUGCGCGCUGCUGAUCGCCGGAGCUUCUGCCCGCAACGACAACGGCAAUUUUUUGGACGACAAAUGGUUGACCGGGAGAUGGGACAAAUUCAGAGAUGAACCAGGAACAUGGAGCCCAGGAAAACCAUUCGAUCAAGCUCUGGACCCUGCCAAAGACCCGUGCCUCAAGAUAAAAUGUGGCCGCCAUAAAGUGUGUGUGGCUGAAGAUUACCAAACACCCACCUGUGUUAGUCAACGUAGAGUGAGUUUUAAGGACAUGAAUAUGAACUCACAACUUCUGAAAUGCAAAAGAUGUCCAGUUGUGCACCCUUCACCUGUUUGCGGAACAGAUGGACACACUUACUCCACCAAGUGUAAACUAGAAUAUCAAGCUUGCAUCUCUGGGAAGCAGAUUUCUGUGAAGUGUCCAGGACAGUGUCCCUGCCCUUCAGGAAAUCCAGCAGAGAAGAGAGGAUGUGGUAAUGCAGAGAUGAUUGAAGUGGUCAGCAGAUUACGAGAGUGGAUCACAGUUCUUCACGAGAGUGGCAAUCCCAGCAAGAAAUACAAGUUCCAGAAGCCAGAAAAGAAGGUUGACAUGAGUAAGGUUCCCCUCUGUAAGGACUCUCUGGGCUGGAUGUUCUCCAGACUGGACACAAACUUUGACCUUCAGCUCGAACAAUCAGAGCUGUCCAGCCUGAGCUCGGAGAAGAGUGAUGUGUGCACUAAAGCCUUCCUCAGGUCAUGUGACACAGACAGAGACAGGCUUGUUUCCAGCCAGGAGUGGUGUUCUUGCUUUCAGAGAUAUCAAGAGGCUCCCUGCCAGUCAGAGAUCACCAUCAUCCACAAACAGCAAGCUGGGAAGAAAUUACUGGGUCCGUACAUCCCCUCCUGUGAUGAGGAUGGCUUCUACAGGCCUCACCAGUGUCAUGGCAGCAGUGGUCAGUGCUGGUGUGUGGACCGCUAUGGAAAUGAGAUGGCUGGGUCUCAUACCCACGGCCCUGCUGACUGUGCCGUGGAGUCUUCUGGAGAUUUCGGCAGCGGUGACUCUCUGCUCUCAGACGAUGAAGAUGGUGAUGUUGUAAAUGAUGAAGAGGAGAUGGGAGAUGAUGAUGAUGAAUAUGAACAGAUUGAUGAUGAGUAUGGGUACCUAUCAUAAUCCGUUUUCCGCUCUUUUUUUCAAUUAUUUUAAAACAUUUUAAAACAAGGAACCAAAUAAAUGACAGACUUUCAUUUGGCCUUAAAGCACGUUUCUAGCUGAUCUCGGCAGAGUGCAGGACUAACAUUACUAAAGGGUUCAUCUACCCCUGUGCCGUAUAAUAUUUGUACAAAAUUAAUAACCACAUUUCAUUUGUAUUACUUUUCUUAUAUUCAUCCAAAGUUAAAACAUAUAUGGACAGACUUUGCAGGUUUGAAGAGAAAUUAUUGAGGGUUCAGUGUUUGCACUUAUAAACAUGGCACACAAAUACAUGCCAACACACCUGACAUGUCAUGAUUUCAUGAGCAAUUCGCUCUGUAACUCUGCACCUGACAGGAUGUGAUUUCACAUCAUGCCAUGAGGAGCUAACAUCCAUAUUCAUACAUCUCAUAAAGGUUCACCAUAAAUCACAUACCUACAUUGACAUUUUUUUUCAUCAGCAGAAUGAAUACUUAAACUUAUGGAGAAAAAAAAUCUAUCAAAAUGUAUUCAAUGUUUGAUAUGUAAAUGUGGACAUUUUAGAGGAAAUGAAAUUAAGACCCGGCCUAGAGUGACCGCACAAUAAAAUCCAUGUGACUGCAGUCGGUGUUAGAAGAAAACAGAGUCAUGCUAUUUACAGAGGCUUAAACACACACACAUACUCACACACACUUAUCUUGUAAACACAAUGGCAGUCCUUGGGCAUGAGGUGCCUUUGAUGCAACAUGGAGGAGCGGUUGAAAAGGUCUGGGGAUAAAGAAAGCAGAAGAUAUUCAGUGUUAGAAUAUAGAACUUGACUGCCGUAUGAAUCUAAAAAAAGAGAGGUUUUGCGUCACAUUCUCUGUUGUUUUGGUCUAUGGGAGAAAGUGAAAAUUAGUUAGUUUCGAUAUGUUACUGUAGACGACAAAUCAUACGAUAGAUGCUGCUGCUGUCACUUAUUCUUCUCUUCCCUCUCAGUGCUUCUGCAUUUUCUGUCAGAUCUGUUUUCAUGAUGUGCAUAUGAAAAUAUAAAUUUCCUUCUAUGGACUUUGUGGUGUUUUCUAUGGGGGAAAAAAAGUUUGGUCUAAUGAGUUUGAUAAUCCAUUUCCGAGGUCAAAGGAACCACCUUUAUCAGUGUUGUCCAGCUGUUGUUAUAGAGAGAACACAUUUUGGUUUGUUUGUUUUUUACAGUAUACAUACAGUAUCAUUUGCUCAAAUAAAGUUACACAGACCAAAACAA